AUGGGUUACUAUGCCGGUGGUCACCAAUGCAGCGGUGUCCUCGCGGCAAAGGAGACUGUCACACUGGCAGCCUCGGGUAUUAUUGUCACAAGUACGCUCUCGACUCCACUGACCGUUUACGCCGAUGGGAUUCCGCUCAUUUGGGACGAAUCCGAUCUUCCCAAGUCGGCAAGUGCGUCCCAGACAUCGACAUCAUCUUCUUCACUGGGUCCAACUUCAACCUCACCCCCAGCAAGUUCGAUGGAUCAGUCCGGUUCAUCUGGACUCGCAGAAGGCGCAAAGAUCGGGAUUGGAGUUGGAGUCCCUCUAGGAGCCAUCGCCAUAGGAGCAGGUGUCUUCUUUUAUUUUCUGCGACGGCAUCGAAAACGGAGAAUGAAUCGUACCCAGCCAGUGUCGCAGGUGUAUGUCAGGCAGUCAAAACCGGCGGAACUUUCCUCCUCAGGUGCGCGUUCCGAGCUUGAGUCUCCAUCCAUGGUUAGACAUGAAUUAGCUUGA